UGUGUUCGUGCAGCGUGAAGAAGACGACAUCUCGAGACCUUGCUGUUCCAAGUCACUUUGAACCUCCAGGCCGAUUUGAACACUUCCUCAGCUCAGCUAACCUGUUCUGUCUUCUUGUUUCGUCAGAAAUCCUACAAGGCUUUCAACAUCAUACAUCAUCGUAAUGUAUGCACCAGAGGAGGACUACAACCAAUACUACUAUGGCGCGUCAGAGGGGUUGACAGACCAGUCGGGAUACGACCAGAUCAGUGGAUUUCCUCAAGACUACUCUGAAGUGGAAUCGGGUUUUUUCCCCCAGGAUCAACUGCAGCCGGAGCUUUACCAGCACCCUAUGCAAUCGGGGCUUUCCCAGCUGGAUCAAAGUGGGGCACCUAGUACCGAGAAAAAGGACGACAGCCUCGUCGGCUUCAUUGUCGGUAGCGUGUGUCUCCUCGUACUAAUAUCGGCUCUUGCGGUCUACCUGGUACUGGCGUCCACCGGGACCAACGGCGACGGCAGCGAUGCUGACAUACGUAGAGGAGGUGGAGGAGGUGCAGGAGGUGCAGGAGGUAGUUCACAAGUGACGGAAGAGGAUGCAGUGAUAACAGACUAUGGGUACAUAAACCCACCGCCAACGACCACCACAACAACAACUCCUACGACGACUAGCACCACCACUACUACGACUAGCACAACGACUACUACUACGACUACAACUACGACAACGACAACGACCACAACGACUACGACGACUACGACAACGACUACGACUACAACGACGACUACAACUACUACGACAACUACUACGACAACGCCGCCGUUGGUGUCGACAGCACCACCUAGAUAUGACUUCAUCUUCCAACCGCUUGUUUGCACCGUCGGUCGCCGUGCCUUGCAGGAGAACAUGUACCCACCGUCCGGCAUCUGUGACGUCAUCAUCUUCACCCAUGUCUAUAUCGAAAACGAUGUAUUAUUCUCCGAUACUCCCGGCCCCUUCCAGACCUUCACAAAAGUCUCGGUCAGCCGCCCCACCGACAUGUUCGGCGUUUCGUUUGACACGAGGCGCCAGCACGUAGACCAGUUCCAUUUGAGUCAAAAGGAGCCACCAUAUAUAAAGUGGGCGUGGAAUAGAAAUAUCAAGCAUUACGCAGCUCUGUCAACUCCACUCGACUUCAACGCCACGGAUCCUGGCACCUAUACUUAUAUCGCCAGAUUUGCUCUUGCGGAUGUCAAACCGUGGCAGGAUACCUUAUCGUUCACUGAAGAUGUGGGCCUUGAACAAACCUACCGCAUACUAGGAUUCAAGAUGUUCAACUACGAUACCGCUGGGUUCGAAGAAAUGUUCGCAAAUCACAUUGAUGAGAUAGUCAGGCUGGGAACCAUUAACAUGAUAGUCGUGGAGACAGCGAUUAAUGACGAGCCCGUCGAGAAGAGGGGCUGCAUGAAUUUCCCAACCUCAAUGUGGUAUGACCCAGACGGCCAGUACCAGCCCUCCUUUGUAUGCAGCGGCAGUCCAACUCUUUACUCGCAAUCCACACAGAGCUCCACAUACACGCAACAAACCUUGGCAAAGGUUGUCUCCUCCGGAAACUCCAUAUACAGCUUUGAAACGGCAGACACCCUACUGGACAAGCCUCCAUUUUAGCAGCAGCAGAAACUCCCGUGCCCGAAUUUUUGUUUGCUGUGCUGGCUCGUUUUCAUUGGCAGCCGGUUUUGCGAGCCAAUCAGGAGGUUGGUUGGUUGGUUGGUAUUCUUUUCAUUCGACGGUCACUCACGUCUGCCGGCCAUACGAGAAUGCAAGCUCCAUGAUAUAACCGGGAAGCGACGUCUCCGGGGAGUAAUUGCAGCUUCUGGACCCCUAGACUGCAAUUUCUCCCCAUUUUAGUCCCCUAACCCGACGUUUACUCCCCAGGGCUGCAAAUCACUCAACUUUGCAAAUACUCUUCCGAAUGAAAGGGUCAGUUUGAUGGCAUAAGACUGGCAAUUUUUCACCCACACAGAGUAAGAAACAGUUAGCGCUUCUGUCUUGGCAAAUUGUGCUCUAUGUAUGUAGCAAGAUUUUAUAUCACACGAUAUAUCACGGUUGACUCUAGGACAGAGCGUGAAAUGCAGCCUCCACUGUGAAAGGGGAUAUUUUUCUGUGGUAAUGCAUUUAGUCCCCAAAAGGAGUAAAAUUAGAAUGUGGGAAAUAUCUUGUGGAAUCCUGUCCGUUGAGUCUGUCACGGGUCGUUCAUGGUUGUCUGGAUGGAAAAUUAGGGAAGCCGCAUAGCGAGAGACACCCUGUACCACUGAGUUCUGCUGAACUCGUUCCUGUGUGCGUGCUGUUCUGCUCGCCGAUGCUGUGUUGCCAUGACAACAGCGCCGCAUCCGCCGCAUCCGCAACGCAUGAAAAUGCAAUAGUAUAGCGAACCAGGCAUAAGAGCGAUUGAAGGAACCU